AUGUAACACGUAUCUACAAAAUCUUUUACAGAUUAUUCAUGUUUGUAUAAUUUACAGUUUUCGACAAGAAAUAACUAAUAAACGAAUGUUGAAUUUAAUUAAGUAGUGAACCAUCUACUUGGAAAUCGGCCUUAAGAUUGCGUCUGUCCCUGGAAUGUUUGUGAUACACCGUAGAAUAAUAAAUAUCGCUUUUCGUAAAAUUUAUUUGUUUGACAUAAGGUUUACAUCAAAACUAUACAAGUUUGAUUUAUAUUCAUUUGUUUAUAAUAUACAUUCAUGAAAUUAAUCAUACUUUGACAAGCAAUUAAAAUUAUAUCGUUUGAUAUAAUAUUGUUUAUAAUAUUUGUUUGAUUAAUCAAGAUUGAAAUAAAUAUAUUUUUAUAUUGAAUAUCAUUGUGAAUGGAGCAAUUACGUAAAAGGACUCAUGUUGGAAGAAGUAAAGAAAAAAAUGAAGAUGAAAAUACUAAGGAUCAUAAAAACAUUUUCAAAUCAUGGCAAAAGUUAACCUACGACGUAUUGUGUAUUAUUUUUAAAUAUUUAAAUGGUUUGGAUUUGUCUAAUGCGUCACAGGUUUGCAGAUCUUGGUUGGAAGUGGCAAAUAGUGAAAAAAGAACGAGAGGUCCGUCGUGCAUUAUAAAAAAUAAAAGAAAAUCGAGAUAUAUGGUUUUUACUUGGGAACGCUUAAAACAAGAAAUUAUAGAAUGUUCAACAGUUAAACCUAGUUUAACUGUUUUUUUUACUGUUGGAAGUGAAGAUCCACUUUCAGAAAGAUGCCAUUGUGAUAAUUUACCAUCUAAUUGUGAUUCGAUAUCAUUGAACACCUACGGCGUUGUAAUAAAUAAUACAGAAUCCGAAGAAGACAGUCACAACAUUGUAUCCAUGUUUUUUCCGGAAGUACCUAAUAUAAAAAUUUCAACGAUUACUUUUAAUGCGUACGAUUGGAAGAACUUGAAAGAAACAUAUUGCAAUCAGUUAAAAAAUGAAUUUGAGACACCCUUCAAUAACGAUUGUCGUAAAACCAGUUGUUUGAUCUUAUUGUGCGAUUGGAGUGGUCGUUCUAUAGCACUAAGUCUAUUGAAAUCAUCCAAAAAUUGGUUACCGAACAAAAGAGCUUCUAUAUGGGGUGGGAUUGCUAAAAAUUUAUCAGUUUGUACUUCUAUAAAUAAUGCACGUGUAUGUAAAAACAGUGCGAAUUGCGUUGCCAUUAUAAUAAAUGGUAUACAAAUGCGAAUAUGUUCUAUACUUUUGGAUGCAAAUUGUAAUACUAAAGAAAGGGUUGAAGAUAAAUUAAGGACUUUUAAAGACAGUGUACAAUUGAAAAAACAUUCUAUAGGAUUCAUGUUCGCUUGUUGUGUACGUGGUACGAAUACAUUUAAGGAACGUAAUGUAGAAUCAACUAUAUUUAAAGGAUUUUUUCCAAGAGUGCCAUUAGUUGGAUGUUUUGGCGAUGGAGAGUUUGGAAAAAAACUUAUAAAUGAAACGUGUAGAAAAAAACGUAUCAAAUGGUAUAACUCUGAGUCUACAGCAUUCAUGAUACUCACAUAUAAUUAAAUACAUAAUGGAAAUGGUGAUUGAUGUUAUUAUUAAGCAUAUAUAUAUAUAACUCUUGUCGAUAUUUGAACGAAAUGUACAUAGAGCAUUUUAAUAAUAAAAUAUGUGAAAAGAGAAAGAAA